GAGGAACGGAAUUUCAAGCGGACUUGACUGCUCUGCAGGAGGAAGUAGGAGGUCUGAAAGAGGCGUGUGGCCCAUUUACUGCAGGCGCACAAGCCAUCGUUGGGGAUUUGAAAAGAAAUCGACAGACUUUCCAGCAUCACUUGCAGCUGGUGGAGCUGCUCGAAGUCCCGCAAGUCAUGGACGCCUGUCUUCGAAAUGGGCUGUAUGACGAGGCGGUGGAAGUCGUCGCAUUCGCUAACACACUAGAGCGUCGGCACUUGCGAUCUCUGGAGCAGGCCGACCCCUACUCCAACAGUAAAAGCAGAAGCAUGUUCGACGAGGGGGGACGAGG